AUGCUCGUGUUCCGUCAGACAGAGUAUUAUAUGACUCAUCCUGUGCUUAGACAACUAUUGGACUAUCUUUCUGUAGACUGUCGCCCUGUCGCAGUGUAUAGAAUGGGCGCCUUGUCCCCAACAAAAAUAGGAUUCUUAAAAUUGUCUUUCCUUCAUCUUACUGUUGCCUCGUUAGUAGUCAAAAGGGCACCGCUUCUUAGGUACUUUCAUGUGAAAGGAAUUUAUAUUCGACCUUCAUUGACUAAAGUUGAACGGGAACGUUUACGAGCUCAAAGAUCUAUGCGCCCCGCUUCUGAUGUCUCUCCUAAUAAGCUAGAUGACCGUGUACAGGUUGAAUCUCUUUCUGUUGCUGAAAAAGUUCAAGAAACGUGGUUAAAGCUUAUGAGUAAGAUGGAACCUCUAUUAGGUGAUAUUUGUGCCUCAUAUGAAAUAUUUAGAUGUGAUAGACCAAGAAUUAAAGGGGGUGGAGUUGCACUGUUGGAGAGUAUUCCGAAAGCAUAUGAAAUCCUUGCGUGCGAUCUUACCUUAGGGACGGGAGCUCACAGAAUCAUCAUAGUAUAUAGGACACCCAAGUGCAAUACGGAACUUAAGUAA